AUGACAUCUACAGGUAAUGAGACAAUACAAUUGAAGCCAAUAUCAGCCAGGGUACGUGGUGAGAUAGAAGAAGAAGGAAAGAACCGACCAGAUCUAGAACAUACAGUAAAAUUUACACAACCGAAUGAAGAAAUUGAAGUCGUAAAUUCACCAACAGAAGCAGAAACAUAUCCAGAAGGUGGCUGGAAAGCUUAUAGUGUUGUAUUUGGCUCAUUUUUGGGGUUGGUUGCUGCUUUUGGAACUUUAAAUUCAAUUGGAGCUAUACAAGCAUAUAUAUCAACUCAUCAAUUGAAAAAUAUUCAAACUUCAACCUUAUCCUGGAUCUUUUCAAUUUAUAUGGCGUUAUCAUUUGCAAAUUGUGUAUUUGUUGGACCUUUAUUUGAUGUUCGUGGUGCUAUGUUACCAAUGACUAUAGGUACUAUAUUUAUGGUUGGUGGAUUUUUCGCCGUUGCCAAUUGUUCAAGAGUUUACCAAUUUAUAUUGGCAUUGAGUUUAUGUGUAAGUACAGGUAAUGCUUUAGUUAUAGCUCCAUUGAUCGGAGUUUUAAGUCAUUGGUUUAAUAUUAAUCGAGGAAGAGCAAUUGGAUUGGCAACUACGGGUGGUUCAAUAGGUGGUAUUGUUGUGCCUAUAAUGUUAAAGUCAUUGUUUACAAAGUUUGGAUAUACGUGGACAAUUAGAAUAUUGGCAUUCUUUUGCCUUGGUUGUAUGAUAGUAUCAAUCAACUUAUGUAAAUCAAGAUUCAAUAGAAAAAUCACAAAGUAUAGUAGGAGUAAAGGUAAAUUUGAGCAAAGUUUAUCGUAUCUUAAAGAAUUAUUUGAUUUAAAAUCAUUAAAAGACUUGAAAUAUGUAUUUUGUAUAGUUGGAACUUUUGCAACAGAAUUGUCUUUAUUGUCAGUGUUGACAUAUUAUUCUACUUAUGCUAUUGCACAAGGUAUGUCAGAAUCUCAAUCAUUUGAUUUGUUAACGAUUUUCAAUGCUGCUGGAGUUUUGGGACGAAUGGUACCUGGGUUCUUAGCAGAUAAAGUAGGAAAUUUCAAUAUUAUGGUCCUUAUGUUAAUUGGAUAUUCAUUAUCCAUAUUAUUAUUAUGGGUUCCAUUUGGUUACAGCUUUGGUGUGCUAUAUGCAUUUGCUGUAAUCUGUGGUUUUUUCAGUAGUUCAAUAUUAAGUUUGACACCUGUUUGUUUGAGUUCAAUUACACCAGUUGACCAAUUUGGUCAAAGAUAUGGUUUAUUAUAUUUCUUCGUUAGUACAGGUAACUUAUUCGGUAUUCCAGUAAGUGCUGCAAUAAUUGGAAAUGGAUCGAAGAGAAAUUAUCAAAUGUUUGCCGUAUUUUGUUGUGUAUUUGCAUUUGUCGGCACUUUCUUUUGGUACAUGAGUAGAUUUAAAUCGGUAGGUACAAAAUUUAAUAUUAAAAUAUAA